AUGCACCGGGGAGCUCCCAGGGCGGAGAAGCACCGGGGGGUUCCUGGGGGUCCCUGGCGGUCCCGUCGCCCUCACGGCGCCGCCGCCAUUUCCCUGCAGCGGCGCCCCCUCCCCGCCAGGGGGCAGCGCCGCCCGCCUGCCCGGUCGGACAAGAUGGCGGCGGCCCCGCAGCCGCAUCCCGGCCCCGGGCCGGGCCCGCCGGCGGCCGAGGCGGAGCGCGGGGGCCCGCGCGGCGGCGGGGCGGACGGGGAGGCCGAGGCGGAGGAGUUCGGGUGCCCGGCGCACUGCUCCGACCUGGCGUGGCGGCAGAACGAGCAGCGCCGCCAGGGCCUGUACUGCGACAUCACGCUGGCGUUCGGCGGCGCGGGCGCGGCCCGCGAGUACCGGGCGCACCGGUCCGUCCUGGCCGCCGCCACCGAGUACUUCACGCCGCUGCUCUCGGGGGGCUUCGCGGAGUCGCGCUCGGGCCGCGUGGAGCUGCAGAAGUGGAGCUCGGAGGGCGGCCCCGACCCCGAGACGGUGGAGGCCGUUGUCGGUUUCAUGUACACGGGCACCAUCCGCGUGAGCCCCGGCAACGUCCACGAGGUGCUGGAGAUGGCGGACAGGUUUCUGCUGACACGGUUAAAGGACUUCUGUGGAGAGUUUCUGAAGAAGAAACUGAACCUCUCUAAUUGCGUGGCAGUUCACAGCUUGGCGCACAUGUAUUCCCUGAACCAGCUGGCCCUCAAAGCGCAGGAUAUGAUCAGGAGAAACUUCCACAAAGUCAUCCAGGAUGAGGAGUUCUACACUCUGCCGUUUCACCUCGUCCGGGACUGGUUCUCGGACUCAGAGAUCACGGUGGACUCUGAAGAGAUCCUCUUUGAGACUGUUUUAAAGUGGGUUCAGAAAAAUCCCGAGGAAAGAGAGAGGUACUUUGAAGAUCUCUUUAAGCUGCUGAGGUUGUCUCAGAUGAAACCCACGUACCUGACUCGCCACGUCAAAUCCGAGCGGCUGGUGUCGAGCAACGAGGCCUGCGUGAAGUUGGUGUCCGAGGCCGUGGAGAGCCAUGCCCUGCGCUCCGAGAACCUGCAGUCCGGGAACCUGCAGCAUUCCGCCUGUCCCGCCGCGCUGCUGCCGCGCUUCGGCCAGAACAUGGACGUCAUCAUCGUCAUCGGCGGCGUGUCCGAGGGCGGCGACUACCUGAGCGAGUGCGUGGGCUACUUCAUCGACGAGGACAGGUGGGUCAACCUGCCGCACAUCCACAACCACCUGGACGGGCACGCCGUGGCCGUGACGGAGUCCUACGUGUACGUGGCUGGCUCCAUGGAGCCGGGGUUUGCCAAGACUGUGGAGAGGUACAAUCCCAACAGGAACAUCUGGGAGCAGGUCUCGAAUCUGAUCACCAGGAAGCAUUCCUUUGGCCUGACCGAGGUGAAGGGCAACUUGUACAGUAUCGGCGGGCACGGCAACUUCAGUCCAGGCUUUAAAGAUGUGGCCGUUUAUAAUCCCGAGCAGGACAAGUGGCAGAACCUGGAGUCGGCCCCAAAGAUCCUGCGGGAUGUCAAAGCUGUCUCCGUGGAGGACCGGUUUGUGUACGUGGCCGCCCGCACCCCGGUCGACAGCGACAGCGAGGACGGGCUGAGGGCCGUUAUUACCAGAUAUGACACUGAAACCAGGCAGUGGCAGGACGUGGAGUCCCUGCCCCUCAUCGACAACUACUGCUCCUUCCAGAUGUCCGUCGCCAACACCAACUUCUACCACACGGCCUCGUGCUGCCCCAAGAGUUACCCCAUCGACAACGAGGAGGCCAAGGGAAAGAUCUCUGGCAGGGCCUCGGAUGAAAUCCUGGAAUCCUUGCCCCCCGAGGUCCUGAGCAUUGAAGGAGCGGCCAUUUGUUACUACAAGGACGACGUGUUCAUCAUCGGGGGGUGGAAGAACAGCGACGACAUCGACAAGCAGUACAGGAAGGAGGCCUAUCGCUACUGCGCCGAGCGCAAGCGCUGGAUGCUCCUGCCCCCGAUGCCGCAGCCCCGCUGCAGAGCCACCGCCUGCCACGUGAGGAUCCCCUUCAGGUGCCUGCAGGGAACACAGAGGUACCCCAUGCCACAGAACCUGAUGUGGCAAAAGGAUAGGAUAAGGCAGAUGCAGGAAAGGCAGAUGCAGGAGAUACACCGACACCUGACCUUGCGGAGAAUGCCGCGCUCCCAGAUCGAGUGCUAGUGUCUGCAACACCACUCCUGAUGAUGGGCCUAGGAAGUAAACCCUUUUGUUAGGCUUGGUAUGUCUUUAUAAGACAUGAGGGCGUUGAUUGGAUUUGAUGCAUAAAACCAGCAUCUUUUGUGUACUGAAAAGUCAGAAGCUCAGAAGUUGAGGGCGGGUGGGAAUUGAGACGCUCUGUGAAUCCAGCAGUAUUCCUUAAUGGUGCCCAGGGGAAAGCUGUAGCCUGUAUCGGGCUGUGAAAUGUCUCUGGGUGCAUUAAGCCUGUUACUUCUCUCUUCAGAUCUUUGGUUCCAAGGGUUUCUGUAGAGUUAGUCUCUAACAGUUCUACUUUGAAAAUCAAAGAUCUGUCUCUUAAUAAUUUAGUGGUUACAUUUGUGUGUGCUUGAAAGCACCUAUUUUAUUUGCACUUAUCUCCUGACAUUCCUUUGAUUCUCUCCUCAGUGACUAAAUUUCACAGGAUUGGUGUUGGUGUACUUGGCUUUCCCGAGCUGGAGGCAGGUGCAAUAGUUCUGUAUGAAACAAAAGCACAAUCUUUCUUUAUGAAAUUACUUCAGGAUGUUUCUAUGUGUGUUAAAUAUUUUGUAUCUGUGCGUUGUAGAGAGGCUGCCCGGUUUGUUUAUAAGUGGAUGAUUGCUAGGACACAAGAUGCUGAAAGAGAGAACUUGAGGCAGGGGAUUUUAUUUCAGGUGUAUCUGCAGGUCUGAGUCUGUGUUUGACAGCUUUGUUAGAAACUCGGGUCAGCAGCCUGAGACAAGGAGUGACGAGUGUAGAACCACCCACCCACACUGACUGUUCACUUCUGUCAGGGUGGAGCAGUGAGAAUGGGAUUAUUCCAUGGGAACAGAGUGAAACCUGAGCUAUGCAUAGGUCCUUUCUCAAACGUUGCACAUGUUUUAAUUCUAGUGAAAAGUGAUGGAAGAGCCCCUGCUGUUCCCAGCCUGUCUCUGACAAUCAGAACCCUUUGCCUUCCACGUGCUAUCCCAAGCAAUUCCCAGCAGCCCUGCUGCAAGCUCCCUCCCCUGGCAGGGAGAGAUGGGUUUUCAAAGUCUUCAAAUACCUGAAUUUCCCCACUUGCUUGGGGUGUGAGAUUUAAGCUCGUGUAAACACCUUUUGGCAUUCUGAGGUGAUUUUACAUCCAACUGCCCUGGUUGACUCUGGGUUUGUUCCCACUGUACUCCCAGGGAAUAGAAUGUGGAGUAUUCCCUUUCAUCUGUCCCACUGAGCACUCCUUCUGCCCAAUCCGAGGAGCUCCAGGACCCUUUAGUUUACCAGCGGUUUCAGUGCAUCCUUCCUACCUCCUUUUCUCUCCAUCCUUCCCUUCUUUUGAAUGUUCCAGGUUUUCCCAGCAGUGUAACUCAGGAUCUUAGGGAAGGGAAUGGGAGGAGUAAUCUCAGUGUUCUGAAAUCUGUGUAGGCAAACCCUGUUGGAGAAUCUGUUACUGUUCCUGGUUCCUUGAUGUUUGCUGGUGGUUUUGGUGUGGGCGUCUCCACUGCAAAGACCUUGUAACCAUUCUGGGGUUUGUUUUGUUUUUAGUUGGUUUGCUUUCUGAGCUGCUCCUUCUCCUUUUCCAGUUCAUCAGGCAGCCCAGAUCGUAUCUGAAACUUGGGGUAAGUCCUUCCACCACUCAGUGUGUAAAGGUUUCUCUCAUGUGUAUGUUCCUUAACACAUCACUUUGCGGUUCACGGGCCACUUUGGUAUCAAUAACUUGCCUGUUCAUGAGAGAGUCUUGCAGCCUUGGUUUAAAAAACCCACCAAACCUGAGAAACUGAACAGUUUGUCUCAGUUGACCCCUCUGUGGUAACUGUGUUGUAUUUUCUUUUUCUGUUGGGUUGUUGGGGCAGGUGAAGUUUAUGCUGCUGGCCUCAUGCAAGAGGAAAUAGGUGAGUUUAAGGUGGUGUUUGCAGGUGACUGUUCCCAAACAGCUCCUGCAGGCCUGUAAGGCAGGGGUUGAUCUGUGGAAUUCAGCCCACGGAUUCUUGCAGGUCUGGAGUAGGUUCAGAAUUGCUGCCCCUGCAGGAGGUUUGUGAUAGGGUGUGCAAAUGCCUCACAGCUCUAGUGCUCAAUCCAUCAAUGUAACAGCAAGUUGUGGGAGCUGGUUUUAAGAUAGUUUCCCAGACUUUGCACUAAAGCAACUGAGAGGAGUUCACAUCCUCUACCCCGCCGACCUGGCUGGAGGGAUUUAACAAGCAGCUGGAGGGUGGUAGUAGGUCACACCACCACAGCUCUAUCCAAGCCCUCCCGUAGCCUGUCAUGGAAUACAGAGAAUUUGUAGGGAGAAACACCGAGAUGAUUAUUUCAGUCGGAAUAGCAACUAAAUAUUUAAUGCAUGGCAGUGAUGCAACAAAAGAGGCAAGGACAGACCUUGCAGUCUUGCUUUCUCUAAACAAAAUUGAUAUUGCACUUUCCCAGGAGGACUUUGGGCUGGCAGACAAGCUGUGUUGUUUACUGAAAGCACUCCCCUCAGAGGCAGUGUCAGCCCAGCCCGUCCCUGGACAGGUAACCUGCGUGUGCCAGCCGCAUGCCGCGUGUGCUCCGCGUGCAUGGCACUGGGGUGCCCUGGCAGCAGCAUGGGCUGCUCUAACCUUUGCUCUGCCAGUUCUGGGGUGGUUUUUAAGCAUUGGUGCUUUUUUGGCCUUGACUUUCAGUGGACUGAUGGCGUUGAUGUGGUUUGUGGCUGACGGGCUGAACAAUCCACUGCAUCACACGAGGUGUUGGGAGGAUUGCAUUCACAGCUCGGGCUGUAAUUUAGCCCAUGAACCUGUGAAUCCGUAACAAUUCCUUGAGGCCCUUGACUGCCACAGCUUGCUGGGUGUUUAUCAGAUGAUCCCAUAAACAGAAGCCUGGGGGUUCUUUCUGUGUGUUUGUAGUGGCUGGUCAGCUGUCAGCAGGGUGGCAGCGUGUGUGAACGAGGAGGCUGACUGCUGGCCUCGCUAUACUGGCGGUCACCAGAGUGACUCCCAGGGGCCAUACGUGUACAGAAUGUUUUAUAACUACCUGGAUACUCUGCUAGUAGCCUGGGGGUGUCCGUGUCUUGAGUGCCUCCCUUGCACAUAGUAGAGGCCACUGCAGAGCUGAAGCAAACAGCUUACACGUGCUGUGAACAGAUGUGCCGAGCAUUCCACUCCACUACUGCAAUGGCGUUUUAUCCCAUUACAGGAAAUGUCAAAAUCCAAACUCUUGGCUGAGGUCAUGUGUUGUGGAAUAGCCUGGUGGCUGCUGACAAACCAAGUCCUCGGGAAUGACAACUUUUUAGGUUGUUCUUAACACAGCCUGGUAAGAGGAUGUUGUAACGUCCCCAGCGGGUUUUGAAAAGCAAGCGUAAAGUAGGUGGUUUGUGGCUUGGGUUCAUUUUCAGCUCUGUCCACCUUAGGUACAAACCUUCUCUGCUGUUUGACAGUCCUGGGUGGAGUCUGAUAAAACAGGUGCUCCUGAGGAUCUAACUCUGUUACUAAUAUGAAUGUAUAGUGUGGAACUAACAAGCUGUUUGAAGACCAUUAAUAAGCAGAUCCUCCUCGUGGGUCUGUGUCACUGUGGGUCACGGCAGCUCUGCUCUCCUGGGACAUUAACGGAGGGGCAACAGAUUUCUGGGGAGCAGCACUCCUGUCCUUACCUGUGAGGUAAAGUAGUGUGUGUGAUAGGCCCUUUGAAACAAAUCCUGCUUGUCAUGUUCUUGACCUUAAAUACACUGUACUAAAGUUUAUUGUAAGAGGUGAAUUAAUGAAAAUAAACCUUUUAUUUCUCUAGCA